AUGGGAUCAGGAUCCUCAAGUUUUGAGAUCAUUUAUGGGGAGAACGUAGGUCACUGGGAGAAUUUACCUGGGUUUCUUAGUUUCUGGAAAGAUAGAAGUGAUCCUGAUAUUGAGACACGAUGUGUUCUAAAUGCUGACGGAAGUGUAUAUCCGCUCUUUAAAUUACAAUAUCAUAUUCUACAACGUGGUUAUCGAAUUGUCCUUCGUGACUACUACCCAGCCGAACGUCAAAUCACCGUUAUCGAAAAGUGUUCCUCCGAACCAGACGCACGGCUUGCCUAUCAAUCGCUCGUUGUAAGUGUACUUCAAGACAAAGAUAUGGUGAGCCCUGAGUCAGUAGAGACAGCACUUCGACGACAUAAUACUCCAGUUCAAGGCCGUUUUCAACAUGUAGGAAAUCCUGCUAAUAAUCGAUUUCCUGAACCAAUGCUUCAGCCAUUUCGUUCAAGCUGGAAUCCCGUUAAUUUCGAAGCUGAUAUUAUUUUUAUUCACGGUCUUGAUGGACAUGCAGAGAGUACUUGGACAAAUGAUUUGGGUCUAUGGCCAAUUAUCUGGCUUCUUGAUUCGGACCAUGGUAUUGAAAGCGUGCGGAAUCAGUUUAAAAUUGGCCAACUUCCUCGACGGAACAAAAUUCGGAUGCUUAGCGUCAGUCAUCAUGCUGGAAGUUUUGCUGACGAUGAUGAAUCAGAUCCAGUUAUUAUCGCCAGACAUCUUGUUCGACUGCUAUUUCAUGCUGGUGUCGGUUCGAAACCAGUUAUUUGGCUAACUCAUAGCCUCGGUGGACUGAUCGUCAAAGAAGUUCUGCAUUUUGCUUCUGAACAUGAAACACGAAGAGAUAUAUUUACUUCAACAAAGGGUGUUGUGUUUUUUGGAACGCCACAUAACGGUGCAUCAUGGGCUACUACCCAACGUCAAGUUACCCGCAUGCGUAACUCAAAAGCUCUUUUCUAUCUAGACUGUGCUCCUUCCGUUGGUACCAAUGCUGGAAAUCUUGCUCGUUUGAACAGUUUAAAUGAAUUUUUUUUGAACAGUAAUAUUCCAUUUCUUAAUUUUUCUGAAGGUACUAUAACACCACGACUGUUCGACUGGCUGGUACAGCCUAUUAUUGUCUCAGACGCACAAGCUCGCAUGAAUGGACCCGAUACCUUUAUUAUAGAAGCGAAAGAAUUAGCAGCUCAAAUUGCACUAGGUAAGAUUCCAGCGCGAGUUCAUUACUAUUAUCCCACUAGUCAUCACCUGAAUAUCGCAAAACCAUCUGAUCGCCUGGAACCAACUUAUUACUAUACACGAAUAUAUGUGGCAAACUGGAUUCAACUUCGUCCUCCAGCCAAUAAUUUACAUGAGAUUUUCAACUGGGAUCAAUUUGCUUAUCGCAUUUUUAGCACAGUUCGUGUCUAUGCGGAUGUGAUUGAAAGCAUCGUCAAAAAUGAUCCAGCUGCAACGAUGAUCACUUCUACAGCUAGAGAACAGGUCUCAGGAGCACUGAUUCCGUUAUCAGCCAGUGUCACAACUGUACUUCGUUCCAUGAGCAUCAAUGAAUUGCUAAUAGCAUUAUUCUCUGAUGCGCUCGUUGCUGCUGACGUACCAGGGAUCCGCGUAGUUGUUGCUGUCGUUGGACGAAUAGGUGCCUUAUUCGGUGUUGCUGUAAGUCUAGUGACAGCUGAAGGACUUGCUGCAAGAUUGAACAGUUAUGUUCGCAAUUUGUUGAGAAACAAUACCGACACAUUACGACAGGUAGUUAAUUUAGUCAGCAGAUAUGUGAUGCCAGACUUCCGGGCUGCAUUGGCUAGCGACGCAUCCCAGCAGGAGUUGGAAGCGACUCUCAAUUAUCUCUGUCGAAACGUGGCUCAAACAAUUUGCAGUGUGUUUCUUCAACCGACGUCUCCGCACACCACAUUUGAAAGCCCUGAUUUGAUCCGCGGAGCCACCAUUGCGCAUCACGAUUUACUUUUUCAAGCAGAAAUAGUUGUCAAUCAGCUGCCAUCAUUAUUGCAAGGUACAACUGAGAUCCGAACUGAUGGAGACGAAGACAGAGUGCGUACAAUCCUCACUCCUCAGUUUAUUCGUGACGUACUUCGGCGCGACGUCAAUCCUGCUCCAGUCUAA